AUGAACCUCUCGUCCAUCCUUUUGACCUGUCUCAUGAGCUGGCUCCUGGCGAUAAUUAGAUGUUCAGCACAGAACGGAGAGAAAUGCACAUUGAAGACAGAGGUCCCGGCCUUCGUAAUAAACGAUUGCACGGGCCGCUACAUCCCGCCAGCUCUGCAGAACCCUUUUAGCGUCACCAGCGUUCUCGCUAUAGAGCUGAAACCAAAACAAAUUCAUCAUCAGAAAUUCAUUAUAGCCUGGGAGCGGAGAACUGACUUUAAGGAAGCUAGGUGCUCGGAAAGCUUUCCUGGUGACAACUGGAACGAUUACAAUUUCAAUGACCAAAGUUUUGUAGGGGAAACAGUGCCCAUUCGCGAAGGACACAUAGAUAAAGAGUUUAAGACUUACCUGUACCAGACAGAUGUUCAACUCUACCAAAAUCUUUACUGCAGGAUUAAGCUAUCAAAUGAGAUUCCCCACGAACCGUGCCGCACCGCAAAGCUGGAAACACAACCUGAUCUCCCCUCUCACAGAAUCCGGGUCGACCACAACUGCGAGAUCCACCUCAUGCUGGAUGGCGCUCGACACAAUGACGCAAACAAAGAAUUUUUGAAGGUGUAUGGCCACGUCUGCUUUACGGUCGCUACUCGCGGGAGAGUUGAUUGCAAGACUUCGGUGUUUGAUUACUCAGAUCAGCAGUACAACACAGGCGAUCACUGGAGGUGUAACCGCAAGGAUGCAUGUUCGGACACAAAAGUUCAAUCGCAUGGAUGGGGGAUGGCGAUGGUCAUAGAAGAGGAAGAGAUGUGGGUAGGAACCGAAAGUGUGACGCUUAAGUAUAUUGCAGGGUUGGUUCCUAUGGGAGAUGACUACUCCUGCCAACGAGUCAAUCCCUCCUAUGAGCUACGGAUGGGAAUUCCGGAUCUGGAAAUUGGUGCCAAUGGGCCCAAAACAACUGUUGUCUUUGUUAGCGAAGAUGAUUUAACGGUGAUCAUUGACGGGGUUGAGAGGCAAAUUAAUGCCAAUCAGCAAACCACAUUGAGUAUCGAGGAAACUAUCUGCAUCGAAAGUGAAUAUGGUAGGUAUUUGUUUGCAGGGAAUAUAAAAUUUGCCGUGAUCCCAAAAAUGAAGAGCGGACGAUUCGAUACAGGAUCCGGUUGUUACAAAUGUAAAACGGGAGGAGAAUAUAUCCAAAAAGGUUGGUGUGUCCCGAAUAGAUUUCUGAAAGACGAUCAGGAGACUUUGUGCAAGACCGGUAACAACCAAAUUAGUGUCAAUAAUCAGUUGAAAUGUGGUGAUAUUCAACAAGGGACUCAAGGACUUCACGAAUGUACUCCAUUGUUGACCGUGAUCUCUUCUCUCUGUAAUUUUUCCAGUAAUUGUUAG